AUUGGAUUUGGAAGGAUGAGUAAUGAGUAAGUGGUCUAAUGAAACAAAUGUAACACAUGGUUUAAUAUAUCUCGACGCCACACUGAUUAAAGCAGACAGACAGAAGUAAUAAAGAAUACUGUAGUAGCACCAGUUUGUUCCUGGCCAUCGCUGUCAUCAAAAAGCACUAAUAAUAGUGGCUUUGAAAAAAAAAUAUUUCGAAUACAAGAGAGAGUUGAAGGCAGAUUUAUGAAGUUUUGUAUCAUGUCAUGGACUCACGUUUGGUAAGAACAAGGUUUAAGAGACUAAAACUUAAGUAUGUAUUGUUUCAUUGCAUCAGUAUUUACGCAUAGUGGAGACCGUAAAACUAUCACAAGUAAAAUCGCGAGGACAGUAGUGUGCGAGUCCAUGUCAUCUCACCCUACCUAUUGAAGUCUAUACUCUACAUGAAAUAAAUCACAUCCUCGAUGCAUUUACUGCAGAUGAAACAUAUAUCCACACAAAGGGGGUGGAUAAAAGAGAACGAAAUGAAGUAGUAAGUAGUAACAUUCUCCUUUGAUGCAAAUGAUGCCCAUCACGCAUCAGCCCAUGUGUUCUUCUUCUUUAAGAGCGCAAAAAAAAACCAUAUGGACAUACAUCUUCUAAAAAGAGGUGACCACAGCGUGGAAGAAAACUCCAAGACUCACGUCCAAGGAGUUGGAAUCUAAAAAUUAUCAACCCCACCAAAAGUUAUAAAGCUCAUUAAAACAAGUAAUACAAAUAUCAUAGGCAUCGGAACUGAAUUUAAAAAAAACAAACCGAUCUUUACAAAUUACCGUGGUUCUUAUAUCUUUGGAACAGAAAGACUGAAACCAAAAAAUCUAAAAAUCGAAGCGGAAUCGAACCAAAAAUCGUACACCCAAACCUAGUUUAAGCAUUGGAGAACACGAUAUGAGGCACAAUGUCAGUUUUCUUAGUUCACCACUCUGGUCUCUCUUUUUCUAGGGGAGUUGUGACCUUUUUUUGUCACUAAAAUACUUCAAAUUAAAGUAGGCAUAAAGCCCAGUCCAUGAGGGAUCCAUUACAAUAUAGAUGAUCUGAGAGUUUGUUUUGCCAAAGCAUCGGCAUCCUCAUUGUUCUUUUCUAGGGGAGUUGUAACCUAAAAACAAAGAUACCACAAUUUUGUACUUGUUAUAAACCAGCUUCAUAUUUUAAUGAAGUUCACAUAUUUAACCCAAAAAAAGGCAACCACAAUAUCAAUAUUCUACUUGAACUGUAACAAAUUCUCUAGAGUUUUCAUCAAUUUAAGUUCUAAGCCAAAUUAAAUGAUACACACCUCAAAUUUGAACAAACUCUCUAGUGUUUUCAUCAAUUUAGUCGUGACAGUUAUAUAUUUCACAAAUAGGCUCACUAAUUAUUUUUGACUCAUGCAAUCCUAUCUUUCAUAAAUAUUAUACAUAAAUUCAAAAAUAAUUAUUAAGAUUAUUUGCAAAAUAUAUAAUUUUAAAUCUCUCUCUAUAUAUAUAUAAUUAUCGUAAAGGUCUAAUAUAUAUCUAUAUAAUUGUAAAACUACAAAUGAAAUUACAAAAGUGAGAUUUUUAAUAAUAUAUAAACUUCAUUUUUGAAAUUUCAAUUUUUCCAAAGUUUAAUAUUUGUUUUUGAAUUUUGACUGGAGUUUCACUGCUACUCAUUGGUGGUUUGAUGGUUUUGUAUAGUUCUGCCAAUGUUGGCCUCUCUUAUUUGGUUGCUGUCUAAAAGCAUCUCCGAUGUAAAAUUCUGUUUUUUCCUCCAAAAUGGAGUAAAAAUAAAAAUAGAGUAAAAUUAUUUCAAUCCUAUUAUAUUUUUCACUCCAUAAUAGAGUAAUGAACAAACAAAAAAUAGAUUACUCAAUUUAUGGAGUAAAUUUUAUUAUGGAAUUAGAUCUAUGAAGGUGUGUUGGAGUAUUCCUUACUUCACAUUUACUUUUAUUCUAUUUUGGAGGAAAAAAUAGAGUAGGGAUAGAGAUGUCCUAAUUCGAACAUCAGUAGAGUACAUCUUGAAUAUUAAUUGGAGAAGAAAUCAUUAAUUAGAGCAUUUUAGAGUCGUGAGUAGCUCAUUAAGUGGCGGAUCUGUAAAAUAUAAUAAGUGGGGAAAAACGAUAAAAAUAGACAAAAGGUUAUUUCAUGGGUGCAAAUGUUUAUACAAACUAAGCUGCAACAUACAUAUGAAUUUUGGUGCAUUUAAAUAAAGUUGUAUUUUUUACUGGGGAGCCCAUUUCUAAUUGAAUAAUACUAUGACUCAAUUUUCCAUAUGAAUUAUUCCAAUGAAAGUAGCCAACAUAUAGACAGUACCGGCUUAGAAGGGUGUCAAAAGGGACAUGAGCCUAGGAUCCAAAUUGUUUUUUGUAUAAAUAGUAUUAAAAAGGGUCCAAUUUUUUGUAAAAAAUUAAAGAUAAAGACCAAAAAAUUUAAAUUACCAUAGAUAUUUAUGUUUAAAAAAAAAUAUUUUACCAUUUUGCCACGGAUCUAAAAGUUUUUUGAGUCGGGCCUGCAUAUAGAGUGGAAAGACUAUGCCCGAGCUUUAGGGUUUUAUGCUUUUAUCCCAAAAGCUAUAAUGCAGAGAGUAUAUAUGAGGUCAUAAUAUGUUUUGACACAUAUGUAUGUAGAUAUUGUAUACAUAGACAAAGGUACUAGAAGGCGCAUGGCGAGGCAACGUAAGAGUGUGCAUGAACUGUUCCCUCCACGUGAAAAACGCGAGCUGCGACCAACUUCCAUGAGGUUGGCUCAUGUGUGGGCCAUCAUGCGCCACGUUGUACAAAGCUGUGGUGAUAAGCGUGGCCAUGUCGCACUUUGCCCUCUCUUAGCUUUUCACAAAGGGCAAAGAAAUUAACAAAAUGUCCUAGAGAUGGAAAUAACAUAAAGUUCCACUAUAAUAUUUAUUUUUUAUAUUUCACUUCUCGAUUAUGUGUCUAAACAUGUUUAUAAUCAAUUUAAUAUGGUGCGGCUGGUGCCUUGUUUAUGCAUUUUCAUUAGGUUUAUUUUGUCCACAAAAUAUGUUUAAACUACAGACACACAUUUAUGUCUGUCUAAGGUUCUGAAUGUUCACCAACCUCAUUUCACCACAUUGCAGUUAAUAAUAACAAAAAAUAUUUGCAGCUGUUCUGCAUAUUUUCAUUCAGGAUCCUAAGUAAUUAAAGAUGUGUAAGAGAAUUGGUAAUCUAUGAUGCAAUAUUAUUGUGUCUUUUUGAUAUAUUUGUUUAUCACUUUACACUAGUUUUCUCUAGAUCCGUCAGAUCAUAUUUCCGUAAACUGUGAAACGUUUUCAUUUGAAUGCUAAACUGUCAAUGAAUAGAUACUAGAAUCUAACAAAUUAUUACUUUUAUAGCUAUGUAGAUCCUACCUUCUUGAUAUAAAAUUCCAAAUAAUAAUUAGAUUGGACAUUACCAGAGUCUCGUAAUCACGUGUGAAUAUAUUUGUUUUUUUAAUCGUUCAAAUAUAACCCCACAAAAUGCCCCGGUGUCGCUGUUGAUUAAUUAUUCUUGAGAGUUGAGAAUAUAUGAAAGAUGAAAACACAUGGUAAACCUAGAAGUGCUAUAAAUUGAGGGAAGUUCAUGAGCUCAUCUGCAACCAUUACUAAAGAGCUACAAAAAAAAGAAACAACAAAACCCUUAUUUAAAAAUGGCAGUGAUGAGUCACGACAAAGCAGAAGACAGGCUAUACGAGUCAGCUCACACACGGCCUAUUCCUUAUAACUCACAAAUUGUUGGCCAAGAGAGUGGCGGAGACGAUGACGAUGACGACAGUGACGUGGCUCCGGCGGCUUGAUCUUCCGCACUGACAGUUAAAUAACUACUUCUAGAUGUUCUUGCACCACUUUGUCCAUAAGAUCGCUAAACCCGCGACUCACUUCCUCCACUUUAUCAUUGAAUCCACGGAUUCUAUCUAUCCAUGCCAAGGAUGGGACAUAUUCCCCUAUCGGAAACUCGCCUAGCAGCUCCAUGAUCUGCCUCACACGAUUCUUGAGAUCCCUCGCAGUUUCGUCAUCACUAUGUUUUCUUCCAAGGGCAACUCUACUCGUAACAUCACUUGGUAGAGUAAUAAAAAGCUCGCUCAGAUUUUCUGAUGAAGAAGACCGACUUGCUUUCUCCAGCUUCUCAAUCAUUGCAUUUACCUCUUCUUCUCUUACUUUCUCAAAGGACCCAACCAUUUUGUUGGUGAGUAAAUUCAGAAUGCAUACACUCUUCAUCCAAAAGCAGAUUUAGAAUUAUCAUAAUAUAAUUGUGAAGAGUAUACAUAAUUUUUCAGCCUUUUCAGUUUUUUUGUACAUAAUUAAUUGGAUAUAUAUGUAUUGAUGGUUCAAUAUGUUUAUAUAUCGAUAUGAUAAUUCUCUGUUAAUGAUGAUAAUAUAUGGUAGUACACUGUGUAAAAUAAUUCAAACAUAUCAUGGCAUAAAAAUACAUCAUGUCUCUUUCUUAUAAUAGGUUUAUAUAUGCACUACUUGAUAUUUUUUAAUCAUUCUAUAACUUUAGAUAAUAAAUUUAGUUGAUCAGAGCUUAACCUAGCCAAUGAUUUUACAACCAUUUCAUAAUCCGGGUUCAACUUAGUAGUGUGUGCGGGGGUGUAAGUUAUAGACGAAAAAGGUAUAAAGAUGAAUAUAACAAAUAAACACAAACAAUUAAAGAAGAAUUAGAAAGGGUUGAUAAAAUACCUUCAUCUGUCUCCAAUACUCUCCAUAGGGAGCAAAUACUACAUCACGCCCACCAUUCAUAAUCCUAUGAACAGCUUUUGAUCUCGGGCGGUUGGCAAAUUUAAGAUCGUGUGUUUUCAUAACCUCAUAAGCUACUUCACCAGAAGAGACAACGAGUACUGGGACACGGCCAAAAUGAAGGAGCAUGAGUGGUCCAUACCGGAAGCUGAGGGAUCGGAGGGAACGAUGAGGGUGGAGUCCGACCUGAUGGAGGUUUCCUAUCACGGGAAGUCGCCAUGGAGAUGGUGGUACGUUCAUUUUGCUGGCGGUUCGUUUAAGGAUUGAUUUGAGCAAGAGAAGGGCUAAGAGGGUCGUUAAGCACAAAGAGAGCAUUAAAAUUAUUUCCAUUUUUGUUAGAUUUUGGUCUCUCAUGUAACUAAGUGUUUAGUUGGUGA